UCCAGUUCGUUAGUUCACGUCGCGUUGGGGUGUGUUUCGGUGAAUUUGACAAUCAUUUCGUUUUCGAACUUUAGUUUGUGUGACAUUUGUGACCCACGAGCAUCGACAUGGAGUGGAAUGUUUUGAAAAGUGCUAUUAGUCCCCCAGAUGAACCGUCCUAUCCAAGUCAAGCCGGCGGACAGUGAAAACCGCGGAGACAGAAAGCUGUUCGUGGGAAUGCUCAGCAAGCAACAAACAGAAGACGAUGUCAGACAGUUGUUCACUGCCUUUGGCGCAAUAGAGGAGUGUACCAUCCUCCGAGGACCUGACGGCAGUAGCAGAGGCUGUGCAUUCGUGAAACUUUCAUCACAUCAAGAAGCGCUUGCGGCGAUCAAUACCUUACACGGUAGCCAAACUAUGCCGGGAGCGUCAUCCAGCUUGGUAGUAAAGUUCGCAGAUAAUGAGAAAGAGAGACAAGUAAGACGCAUGCAGCAAAUGGCCGGCAGCAUGAGCGUCCUUACCCCUUUCGUCUUCAAUCAGUUCGGCGCUUACAACGCCUAUGCUCAGCAGCAUGCAGCUCUCAUGGCUGCUGCAACUGCACAAGGGACGUACAUCAAUCCAAUGGCGGCGUUGGCACACGUUGGCGCUGCGCAACUGCCGCACGCGAUAAAUGGCAUGCCAAACACCGUCGUUCCACCGACUUCCGGUAGCGGUACAGGGCAGCAGGUUAACGGGGCGAUGACGUCGUUACCGUCGCCAACGAUGCCCAAUUUCAACAUGGCUCCACAAACACCGAAUGGUCAACCAGCAGGUUCGGAUCCCGGUGUCUACACCAACGGGAUACAUCAGUCCUAUGCGGGACAUGCCCUCCAUCUGUCCAUUCCAGCACCAGCGCUCCCCAAUGGGGAGGCACUCCAGCAUGCGUAUCCUGGAAUACAACCCUACCACGGCGUCGCUUAUCCCGCCGUCUACAGCCAGUUUACUCAACCAAUUCCUCAGCCGAUGACCACCAUGCCACCCACGCAGAGGGAAGGAUGCUCUCUCUCAGGACCCGAAGGCUGCAACCUGUUCAUCUACCACCUGCCUCAGGAUUUCGGUGAUAUAGAGCUCAUGCAGAUGUUCAUCCCUUUUGGCAACGUCAUAUCGUCCAAGGUUUUCAUCGACCGGGCCACUAACCAGAGUAAAUGCUUCGGUUUCGUGUCGUUCGACAAUCCUGCGAGCGCGCAAGCAGCAAUUCAAUCGAUGAAUGGCUUCCAAAUAGGGAUGAAGCGUUUAAAAGUCCAGUUAAAGAGGCCCAAGGACGCAAACCGGCCAUACUAACCAAAGUCCUAGCUUAGAGAAACUGGACGAUACGCACCCUACAUCAUAACCCACAGAAUGUCGUACAAGAACACGGGCUUAUUGAACGCUCGACGAUCAGGAGUGAUGAGUUUGAAUCACCGUUACAACGCUCUCCACUAUAAUAAUCUAGUAACUAGUUAGAUAAUUAAUUAGAGGAUAAAAAUUAGAAGUCAGUAGAUUGACUUCGCCGGCAGCCACGCGGCGAGGACGAAGAGGCUGAUGCUAAUGAAACAUUGGAUGUCCAGCGCUGAACCCAGUUCGAGAAUACCAAACGCGAGUAGGAUUCACGCUUUCAAGCAACUCUCGGAUGCUCGGAUAUGAACAAAUUCUUUACUAAGAACGGAACAACAUCGAUCUUCUUCAUCCUCCACGUUUCUAUCUCCUACAUCUAUUUAUUCUAUUUUAUACACCUUUCCGUUCAUUCGCUAUCGUUCCCUACUGCCAAAACGAGGACCGUAUCGAAAGACCGAUACGAUUAUAUACUACUCGAUACGAUUUGUCUUUCAAAAGAAAUCGAUGACAUCCUAGCACGAUUUCUCAGCGAUCCGAUCAUCCGGGAUGUAGAUGACGGGAGCCUUAGAGCCUCUCGACCAGGUUAUCGUUCCGACGACACACACUGAACUCGUAAAUAGUUUGAUAAUCACGAUGAACGUUCAAGACGGGUGACUUUCCAACAGUAACCAUAUGAAUACUCUUAGUUCCUGACAUAACGGCACGGCGAUUGUAGCCGACCGACUGUUAAAGAAAAGUUAACUAUUACUGCGAUUCGACCCAUAGAAUACGAAAGAAAGUACCUCUUCAGAUUCUUAGGCAGCACGAAUCCAGGUGUCAGUUGAGUUCUCUAUACUUUCUAAGAGCAAUCUUUGCCAGUCUUCGUUUCGAACGCAGGUUAUAAUAACAGUGUCGAAUCAGGACACCGGCAUGCUCGGUCUCCGUGAACGCAAUCUACGAUCACCAGUUAAAUAUAACGAUACGACACGUAUAGCAAACUGGUCGUUAGGGCCGGUUUCUAUGCCUAGUGGUCUUCGGACAGGACCGACGGCACAGUGCUCGCGGUCUCUCCUAAAAACGCAAAUUUGUCAAUCACGUAUACAGGGUGCUCGUCUCACGCAACGUCUACAAAUUUCUAAAACGGGAACUACGUACGAACACAUUUACCGUACACACGCGUAAUAUGUACUUACACGACCCGCGUCCACGCACGCGGUCGCACCUUGCACCGACACACCUCAUACGUACACAUCGACACACCGAUACGCUCAUCUAUACACGCAUACACACUCGUCUACACAUAUAUAUCUAUAUAUAUAUAUAGAAUCGACGCGAGAAAAGGAAAAAAGAAAAAUAUAGAAAAAAAAGAAGAUAAAGGGACACGAAAUCAACGGCGACCCAACACACCUCGCGGGUUAUCGAUUCUAUCUUACGUUUAAGGAUACCAAACGCAUACACGCAUACGUACGUCGCGCCGUAGGUUUUAUACACGAGACAUUUUCAAGGGAUCGUUAGUGCCGUGUCAAAGUACAUUUCGAGGUCCGGUCGUCCGCGCCAACGUAACACUUAUUAUUACUACUACUACUACUACUACCACUACCCCCUCCCUCUCCCCCAGCCACGUUAUCGUCAUCAUCAUUAUUAUUAUCGAGAACAUGAAUUAUUAAGUACGAUUAUCGUUAAGUGAAAAGCGCGCGAGCGAAUUUCCGGCCGACGCUAUAUCCAUCGGGAGUUCCUCUUUUUAACGAAGGAUCGUUCGACCUGAUUCACACUACGCUUUUCGCGGCCCGUAGAGGGAUGCAAAGGGGGGAGAGAAAGAGAAAUGUGAAAGAAAAUGGGAAAGUGACACACGGGCUCCUGUUGUUGUUCAUUCUCACGGCUCGAUGAUUCGCCAAAUCGUUCUCGUUUGACUGACCGGUCACGCAUCGCCCGAGAAAUGUCAACCAGGCUGUGAUUAUCCAAACAAAACAAAAGUAACAAAAGGGAAGGUGCAAAAGACGACGGGGACGGAGACGAAGACAGGGACGAGGACGUUGGACGAUGGACGUUGACAGGAUCGGUUCCCUAUCGCGCAGGACGUUGCGAUCCUGUCCUUUCGAUCACAGGACACUGGAUGGGCAGAGGACACUGACGACGAGUGAAAAUAGUAGAUCUAA